GCCGCGACUGCGGCAGAGUCAACCCACCCUACCGGUAUGGCUUAUGCAUGGAAUCUUGUUUUGCCACGGUACCAUGUCGACCUGCGGCUUGCGCCUUGUCGGGCUUGUGGCGUUCCUUGCAUCUGCAUCUGCUUCAUGGAACUUGCCCAGUAAUCCAGCCGCAGUCGCUAUGCUCCGCGACGCCCACCUCCAACGGAAUGUGGACAUCGCGAAUGCCACGGCAUUGUACAUGGCUGUCGUCACGAUGGGCGACUGGGCCGCCACAGGUGACGCCCUCUUUGCUCUCGGUGAACUGUCCUUCCCCCACGGCGACAGCGUCGACUUCAUCAAACGCAGUGCUCGCCUCGGCAAUCCUAGUGCCCAGCACCACGUCGCACUCAUGCACGCAGUGGGAUUUCCCCAUCCGUCGACCAACCUCAGCCUGGCUACAUCGAUUCUCCACGACCAUUUUGCCUCCACCGCCGGGAACGCCCCCGCGUCCAAAACACUUGGCUACCGCGCCAUGUUUGGACAAGGGGUCCCUCGGUCGUGCGCCCAUGCGUUGGUCUACUACAAGCGAGCCGCGUCCAUCGUUGCCUCCACGUAUGACAUCCAUGCCAACCUGCCUUCGUACCCUCGCUUGCCCGAGCUGCAGGACGACGCUCGGUAUUCCACCGCACACGACUUCAACAAGUUGAUCUUCUUGGCAGCCGCGGCCUCAAAGACCAAGAAUGGCGCGACCUUGUAUCGCAUCGCCAAGUUGUUGUUGGCUCAACCGUCGCCGCCAGACUACACGUUUGUUCGAAAGUUGUUGUCGCAAGCGUUGGCUUGGGGGCAUCUCGGGGCUGCUGCUCAUUUGGGCCGUAUGUACGCGCACGGAUGGGGAGUGGCUAUCAAUUCCAUCAAAGCUCGCGAGUACUUUCUCAUGGCCCCUCCCGGUGACGCGGAAGCUCUGCAUGGCCUCGGGCUGCUCAGUCUGCCAUCGGACACCCGCCUCGCGUUACACUAUUUCCAAGCAGCGUCCAAGUUGGGUCACUUGAAUGGCAUCUACCACGCCGCGACGCUUCUGACGUCGAUCGCCCCCCAGCAAGCCCGUCGGUAUUUCGAAGCCGCGUCGAUGUCUGGCCAUGUCGUCGCUACCUUCAAAUAUGCCGAGAUUGUCGAACGAACCAACGACCUUGCGUCGUCGUUUGAGGCAAAGUGCACGAAGGUUGUCGCCCUCUACAAACGGGUGGCGGAGAGCGUCCCAGUGCCGCUUUUAGAUGUUGCCCUGACCAAGUUUCAAGCCAGAGAGUAUACGUCCGCGUACUACUUGUACCGACUUGUGGCAGAAGAAGGGAAUGAAGUUGCCCAAACCAACGCCGCCUUCUUAAUCCAACAGGGCUACGUCUCCGAACCGAACCGUGACGUGUACCUGAGCUUACUCCGACAAGCCGCGCGACAAGGCAGUGCCUAUGCCCACCUCGAACUCGCUCAUGCGUCGUACGCCAGGGCGGAUUAUGCCGAGGCCAUGACCCUGUAUGCGACCCUGACGUCUCAAGCCAAAUUCCAAACGUCCACGAGCGCAUACGUGUUCGUCUCGUCUGCGCUUUUUUCCAUGGGGUACAUGCAUGAAAUGGGACUUGGGGUGCCGGCUGAUCGACGAAAAGCUAUGGAGCAAUACACGCGGCUGAGUCAAGUCGAACGCCGUGUGCAGGUGCCGUUAGCGUUGUGGAAGUGGAAGUGGUGGAUACAAGACGUCGUGGCGGCUGCCAUGGACACAAUAACGGUGUGGAUGGCCCUUGAUGUCGUGCGACCUGCAAAGGUGGCAGUCGACCAAGUGUGGGUGUACUAACCUGUGGCGAAGCAGUCGUCCACCAACUCUCAUUUGUUGCUGUUAGUACGUUAACUAUCUGUACCUUGUACUGGUAGAGUAAAUGCAAACCUUUCGGCCACACAAGUCGACUAACUUGCCAACGAACCUUGCAAGUCAAAUGCCUUGAACCUGUGGAACUCUGCCGGUUACUCAUAUUGUGGUAGCGACAGCGCUAACUGUAAAGUUACAGUACUCUGAAC